AGGGAGGAAGAUGAAAUUCUCCAUGGUGAUUGGUGGCUUUACACGUGACGCGCUGUGCGUAUUUAAGCCCCUGGCGCGAGAUCUUUUAGUUGAGGAAAGCAACUGUUGUGAGGAGUUUCGGUUAAGUUUGUGUAAGAUUCCCGGAAAGAAAAUGAGUUCAGUUGGAAACGUGAAGCAGCAGAUGUCCAAUGAGAACCCAAAGAGCUUUUUUGCACCAUCUCAAAGGGCAGUGGGGCAACCAAGGCAAAGCCUGCAGGUCCUCCAACCUUCAGCAGUCAACAGGAGUUUGAAAUCAGCCCAGACAGGGAAGGUUAUUCCUAAGAGAAAAAAUUUGAUACUGGAUCAAUCAAGAGGUCCUAAGAGGGUUAAAGUAGAAGUGAAAUCCACACAAACUGACGAGGCUGGUUGUUUGCCAGAUGGAGUUUCUAAUGAAGCAUAUGAGCUUAUGGUCAAAGAAACUCCACCUUCAUCUUACUGGAAAGAAGUAGCGGAGGAGCGCCGGGAGGCUCUGUACAGAGUCCUACAGGAGAACGAGAAGCUGCACAGAGACAUCGAGGCCAGAGAUGAACAGAUCGGCAAGCUUCAGUCUGAAAACGAAGAGCUGCAGGAGCUGGCACAACAUGUGCAGUACAUGGCUGACAUGAUUGAGAGACUGACUGGGAAGUGCCCAGAAAACCUAGAAGAAAUGAAGGACAUCGCUUUUGAGGCGGGAGAGGAGGAGUCCGACCCAACUGAGCAAGAGGAGGCAGACUACAGUGCUGGAGAGACAUCAGACCACGAAGAAGCCGGACCCUCAGGAAAUCGGGAUUAAACGGACUGCAGAAAAGUUUGCGAGUCGAAGGAGAACAGUUUACACAUUUUUAACUUGUAAUAUUUUGUGCUGGUGGCUUUUCUUAUGUAUAUAUUUUUUGACUAUAAAACCAGUGGACAGUGUUUUAUAACAAGGGAAAGGAAGAAACUUUAAAUGUUUUGUAAAUUAUUUUUUUCUUUUUUUCUUUCCCCCUACAAAAUCAUUGUGGGAAUAUUUGAGUUAAAGGGAUGCAGUUGAAAUGUUUCAGUGAGUACUGGACACCCUCUUACUGACGAGAAGGUGAAAGCAACCCUUAAGUUUCAACCUGGUUUUCCUUCCCUACUGUUUAGGUUGACUUGCAGGGGUGGAAUAAUUUGUUAAAUGGCUGUAAAAUCUUUAUUCUGGUUUUAACUGAUUUUGUACAUAGCCUGCACAAUAAACAUUUUAAAAAGUAUGCAGUACUCUUUA